GACAUUUCAAAAACUUCAAAUGCUAAAUUUAGAGGCAACACUUAUUAGUAAAGAACAGAAAAAUAAUGUCGGGAGAAGAAAAGGAGAAAUCUACUGAAGAUAUGGUAAAAGACGAAAAAGAAGAAUCCGAAGAGAAACUCAAAAAUGACGUUUCAAAGGAUAAAAAUUCUGUUGAAGGGGACGGAGAUACAAAAUCAAAGAAAACAUCAAAAGAUGAAAACUCUAAAAAGAAAAACUCAAAAUUAGAAGAAAGUGAAAAUGAGCUAGCUGACGAAGAUGGCGAAGAAGGCGAAGAAGAAGAGGAUCAUGAUGAAAAAGAUGAUGAAAAGAAUAAACCUAAGAAGAAAAAUGAAGAGAACGGUAGCAAAAAGAAGACUGACACUAAACCCAUUAAAUCCGCUAAUAAUGGCACAACGGAAAGUGGAGACGAAGAAAAGGAAGAAGAAGAAGAAGAAGAAGAGGAAGAUAAAAAAUCUGAUGAUUUAAAAGAAGAGGAUUUGGUUUCACUAGGAGAAAUUAGCAAAAUAAAUGAAAAUAUUAACAAAAACAGAGUUGAAAAUUUGCAACUUCUCUAUGAGAUUUGUUUUGAUGCUCCAGGUAAAUUCAAUGUUGUAAAGAAGAAUUUAAGGACAUUUGCCGGAUUUGAGUUUGAACCGGAUUCAACAGAGCAUAAAAAAAAAUUAGAAUUUAUUCAAAAACAUGAUUUGAAAAGUCUCAAAUCAAUAUGCAAUAUAUUAGCGUUGGCUAAGAAAGGUUCGAGGGAAGAAGUUUCACAGAGAAUAUGCAAAUUUUUAUUUUCCCCUGAAGAACAAGACAUCCCUGAAGAUGAAGAUGAAGAAGGAGAGGAAGAAGAGGAGGAAGCACCAAGCGAAGAGGAGAAAAAACAAAAACGGCCUGAAAAAACUGGCAGAGGUGGUAGACCAAGGCGAGUUACUGCUGGUAAAAGUAAUCGUGAUGUAUCGAGCUACGUGGAAUAUUCCAGCUCAGAUGAAGAAGCAAAAGUUGUUAGAUCUAAACGUCAAAGACGUAAAGAUGACUCGGAUAGUGGAUCAGAUUACAACCCAUCAGGUGGAUCUGAUUCAGAAGGACGUAAGAAAAAUAGAGGUGGUGGUGGUGGACGUGGUUCUAGAGUGAGCGGACGUAAGGUAGCUAGAAGAAAAUCAGAUUCAGAUGAAGAAGAUGAAGAAGAAGAAGAUGAAGAAUCAGAAAUAAGCGAAGACGAAAGUGAAGAGGAACCGAAGAAAAAAGGACGUUCCAAACCUAGAUCAGGUGGUAGAGCGCGAGCUCCUGCACGGCCAAGAGCACGAAAGCGCAAUGAAACCGAAAGUGAAGAGGAAGUUGAUGAAGAAUCAGAAGCUGAAAAUGAAAGUGAAGAGGAGCAACCUAAAAAGCGAAGAGCAGGAGGCGGAAAAGCAGCUAAAAAUAAUAAAGCUACAGCAAGUAGAGGAAGAGCUAAACCACCACCACGGAAAAAAUCUAGAAAAGCAUCUUCAGAAGAAGAAGAAGAAGAGGAAGAUGAAGAAGAAAAAAGUGAUUCAGAAGAUGAACCAUUAAAUAAAAAAGGAAAAAAUUCAUUCCCUUCAGACGACGAAAUUAAGUCUUAUGUGAAAGAAAUUUUAGAUGAAGCUAAUCUUGAAGAAAUUACAAUGAAAACGGUUUGUAAGCAAGUAUAUGCAAAAUAUCCAGAAUUUGAUUUAACUGAUAAAAAAGAUUUUAUUAAAGCAACUGUAAAAUCUUUUUUGUUUUUGUAAAUUUUUAGCUAAUCGCAGCAUAAAAAAUUGUAUUUUUUUUUUUUUGUCAUACUAUUAUUUGUAAAAUUUAAUUUAAAUUAAAAAAAACAUUCAAUUAAAAAUCAAAGUAAUUGUUGUAAUAAAAUUGAAAUGAGUAAAGGAAAAUAAAAAAAUUAAAAAAUUUCGUGAAUUAUAAUUAAGAACUAAAAACAAAAAUUAAUAGGUAUUCUCUUUGAAUAAUGAUUAUUUUUUUACAAAAGAAAAACAAAAAAAAUUUUAAUAAAUCAAAAACCCAAAAAAAUGAAAAUAAAGGAACAAUUUGCAUAAAAUUUUUUCGGACACAAAA